UUAUAUUUUAUUGAUCCAUCGAUCAGGUCAUCAGGUCACGGAAAUAGUUCAUACGCUCUGAUAUCAACUUCAACAAUUCGGGAAAGGUCCAGUAUUUUGACCGGAAAUCUCGAAACAUUCUGUGGUAAUAUUGCAGAGUGCUAGUUUUAAUUGAUUACCCCGAAAUGGAGAGCACCACGGCAAUGCUGUGUCGUAUUUGCACGAUCGAUUGUGACCAAGUGCAGUACGUAUCGAUUUACGAGAGGGACGACGGGAAAUCUCUUGCCGAAAUGAUUUCCUUCUGCGGGCAGCUUCUGAUCACAGCCGAGGAUGCGUUGCCGAAGAUCAUCUGCACUGGGUGCUGGUUGCAACUGGUAGAUGCUUAUCGGUUCUGCAUGCGUUGUCGCGCGGGCGAUGACAAACUGCGCGAUCAAUCGGGUGCAUCACUACCGUUACCCAAUCUCUCCAACGGGGAGGAGAAGUUCGAAUUGGACGAAGAACUGCCGGACAAAAUUGUUGACGAGUUGAUGGAGCUACCGGCGGCGGAACCGAAAAAUCAGAACGAAAUCUUAGUUGACUUAAUGACACGACGGGCAGAGGAGAUGUUUGACGAAAUAAUCGAGGAGGAACGGUUCGUCGAUGGAGACGUUCUGGACAAAAAUGUCGAUCUGGAGAAUCACGAAGUUCCUUCCGAAGUGGGAGAUGAUCUUCUUAACGAUGAAUUGCAGUUGCAGGAACUAAAGAAUUGCGAUCUUCAAAAUGAAUUACAGACUACAGAUGAACUAGUGCCUAUAUCAAUAGAUCAAAAUUUUAAUAAUAUGUUAGUUAAAAAUGUACUUCAAACUAUUUCCCUUCCAGUUGGCUCAGUUGAAACCGACGAGAUGAUUGUUAAUGAACCACAAGUUGUUUCUACUACAAAUGAUAAAUUAAUUGAAGCUGAUGAGUUGUUCGUUGGGGAACCACUAGCUAUGUCUGCUUCAGUUGAUGAAUUUGAUGUAGCUGAUGAGUUAAUUUCUCGUGAACCACAGCCUGUUUCUCCUUCAAGUGACGAAUUAGCUGAAGCCGACGAAUUAAUUGUUAAUGAACCACAAGCUGUUGUUAUUACAAUUGAUAAAUUAGUUCAAUUCGUUAGUGAACCACUAGCUAUGUCUGCUUCAAAUGAUGAUUUGGAUGAGCUAAUUACUGGUGUACCACAACCUGUUUCUCCUUCUAGUGAUGAAUUAGCUGAAGCUGGCGAUUUGAUUGCUGAUGAGCCGCAAGAUGUUUCUCAUUCAAAUUAUGAAUUUGUUGAAGCUGACGAAAUAAUCGUUGAUGAACCAGAAACUGUUUCCUUUGCAAGUGAUGAAGUAGCUGAAGUGGAUGACUUAAGCGCUGAAGAAAGUUCUAUUAGAAGUUCGCCGACGGAAUUGAUUAAAGCUGAAUUGUCUAGUUUAGAAGGUGAAAGAAUUGCUCUCAAAGUUUAUGACAAUAAUGAAAGACCAUUAAGGAAAAGAGCGGCAUGUCAACUACCUCCACAAGAAAUGAUAGCUGAUCGGGAGGAUCAUGGAGAGUACGGAGUGAUUUAUUAUAAUGGCGUAUCAUGCUGUGGAUGUGAUCGAUAUUUUAUAAAUACUGAAUCACUGGAAGAACACUGUCGGGAAAAGCAUCAUCUAGAAGAUCCACCUGAAGCACACUACUGUGAGCUGUGCCAUAAAAGUUAUCCAAGCUUAAACCACAAAAUUCGACACCAGAGUAUACGGGCCAUUCCAAAGCUAUACAUUUGCAACUUAUGCGGUUACAUUUGCUGGGACCAAGGUGCUAUUGAUCGGCACAUGAAAUCUGCUGUCAUACACAACAAGCCUAUGCUAGAUUUCGACAAAGUAAAAGAAGUAUUUCAGGAAGUUCCAGUUGAAGGAUAUUUGUGCUGCGAAUGCUUCCAAUGUUUUCCCGAGGAAGAGCUACUGAACGAACACUUGGCGGAUGUUCAUCACCAAAAUAGACUAGAUUCACAACAAAACGAAGGUUAUUGGUGCAUGAAAUGCCACCAAGCCUUCAAAAAUAAAUGCAAAUAUGAAGUCCACCUUCGCAAUGCUAGCGCUAAAGUGAUAUACUAUUGUAAAUAUGAGUUUUGCAGUUACCGAACAGCUUGUAUUGUGUUUGCUAGAUUUCAUCUUCGUAGUCAAGAUCACAAGAUUAAAGUCGAACCGAAAGACGAUUCAAACGUAACGAAUGACAACAGCGAACGACGAUGUUGCUUCCGGAAGUGUUUAGGAAUGUUUAAAUCUCAGCAGGCCUUAAUGGAACACGUUGACCAGGUUCACAAAGCGAAGCGACUGGAAAAUGAGCUGCGUCGGAAAAAGUCCACCAAUGUGUGCUUGAUCUGCCAUUGCAAUUUUGGAUCAAGAAAAGCCCUCAAGCUUCACCGGAAGUCAAAGUUUAAAGAUUUCAUUUGUGAUAAGUGUGGCGUAACGAUGGCAUCCUCUUUCCAGUUGCAGCAACACAUGAAAAAGAUUCACAAGAAAAUUGAAGUUCAGCGUGACUUUAAAUGUGACGAAUGUCAGCGAUCGUUUGUUAAUGCGGAAAAUUUAAGACGGCACAAAGAAAGGGGUCACACCAGCGUGGAAGAAUACGUUUGCACAAUCUGUGGAAAGGAAUUUACGGUAAAGGAAAAUCUGUGGACCCAUUGGCGAGCGCACAACAGGGUUGAAAAGUUCGAGUGUGAGCUGUGCAAAACAGCCGGUAGACGAUAUAUCUUCUGGGACCAGAAGACACUUAACAGACACUAUAGAAUAUCGAAAAUGCAUGGUGGCGUACGGAAGUACAAGUGCUGUUAUGAAAAUUGUACGAACGCCUACACACACCGGUCGGAUCUGCAGCGACACGAGGCGAAGGUGCAUGAGGGUAUCCGUCCAUUUGUUUGUAAAGUAUGCAAUAAAGGGUUCAUCAGAAAUAGGGAUCUCCGGUUACACGAGCGGUUGCACACCGGCGCCAAGUUGUACACGUGUGAAGUUUGCAUGGCGGAGUUCAAUGUGCAUCAACAGUACAAGGAGCAUUGUAAGGAGGCACAUGGAUUCUCUAUCAUGAUUCAGUACGUACGCAAUGUGAGCGAGUGAUGAUCUGGACGAGAUGUUAGAUGUUUAAGAUAUUGAAUUGCUUAUUUUUUGUUAUUUACCAUAAUAACAUUUGUUUUUGGUAGAGCAAACAUUCCGAGGACUUUUUCAAUCGUUUAAUUCAACUGUCAUUUUACUUAUAUGGACGAAUUACGCACAAAUUUUGACCACUAUUUGGGACCUUCAUCAGCAUCCACAAAGACUACAAAUUAUUCAACAAGAAAUUUUUAUUGGAGUUUAUUGUAUCCUAUGCAUUCCAUUUAUUUAUAAAUUUAUUAUAUUAUAAGGUUAGGCAAUUUGUACGGGAAGUAGAGCAGUGUGAACAUAGGUUCUUCAAGUUCUUCGCUGAACUCUAAUUGCAAUACUGUAUUUAAAUACGAAAGGAUUUAGAAAUUGUAAAUCCUUUCGUAGAAAAUAAUAAAAGAGACGAAGAUAGAAUAUAAGCGAACACCUAUAGGGAAAUUACAGCGCUCACGUAGUGAUUGCUUUCAAACCAGUAACUGAACUAAUGUGGAUAGCUUGAACUGAAAUUAAUUCUGGAUUGUUUUUUGCAAACCAAUAUCUGAGAAAAUAAUCUAAUGGGGUGAAGUUUUCGAAUUAAUUGCACUAGAUUGAAUCACAUUCCUGAGAAAAUAAGUUUGAACACUGCAGUAUUCUGUGUUUUACAUACCAUUGCGAGUAUGUAUCGAAUUAUUUUCAAUUGUAUUUAUUGUAUUGUAUUUAUUACAAUAUAGAAUUGUAGUAAUAGAUCAGUGAAGCAUAUAAGCAAAGCAAGUAUUGUGAAGUACUUUGCGAAAAUGUAUAUCUAAGCUAGUUAAAAACUAUAGUUUAGUAACCGUGCACCGGUGUACUCAAUAUAUUUUUUUCUAACUUCUCAAAACUAGGCAUCGUCAAAUGUCUAAAAUAUCUUGCAUAACAUCAAUCAAUGGGAGUUUUUUCCGCUGCUAGCGAUUCGACUAUCGAUUGCGGUUCUUCUCUUCACCGAGAAUUUCAUUCCGCCAGUCGGGUUCUUUGGAUGCCGCCGGAAAGACAUCUGUCGUGUAAUCGCAAACGAAUUUCGACGUCCGUGAAGUUAUUUUGCGUUAAACGCAUUAGCUUUGGAAUUUUCAGACGGGAAUAGUAAUCGGUCCUGUUGAGAUCCCGAUUUAUACAGCGAAUGCUGUAAAUAGUCGCUGGGCUAUAUCGUAUCCUGGACGGUGCUGGAGUACUAAUAAUAUUGAUAACAUCGGAACCUUCAUUGAAACCUUAACAGGCAAUCAUUUUACCGAGUUAUUUCCUGGUCCAAUGUAGACACCAUUUCAGGUAUCAGUCUUCGCCGAAAAGUGACACAAAGAAAACAUCAGCUUUCAUUCGACUAAAGCCUUUUCAUAAUGAUAGCUGGUGUGGACUACGGCUAUUCCUGAGUUUAAUUUAGUUUGUUUUCACAAUAAUAUCAUGUACAUGGAGUGAAGAAAAAAUACAUACUUGCAAUUGUGCUAAUACCUGAUGUUGUGUAAUGCAUCGUUGAAGUAGAAGGUUAGAAUGUUAAGUAUAUAAAUUCUAGUAUGAUAAUAGGUUGAUGGAAUGAUAAACCUAAAUAUUGUUGCAAACAGAAAAAACUCAAUUAUACAUUUUAUUAAGUGGUAUCCAUAUCUGAUAUAGUGCUAGUAUACAGUAUUGCUGAAGUAAGUAGUAUGUAAUGUAGGAAACAAUUUUUUUCAUUUAGAUACGUUAACUACGCCAUUCCUGUAAUAGUGAACACUGAAUUUUGUUGUAGUAAAAUCUGUUAAAAAUGCUUUCUUUAAGGCUCUUAGUGAAAUGUGAUAUUGGAUUUGAGAGGUCGUUUGUUGGUUUCAAAUGACACAGACAGAUAAUCAAACCAUUUAAUACACGAUAAUCACCACUGUCAGUAUAGUAGAAUACAAUCUUAUCAUUUCCUGUAUUGUUAGAAACAUACAGUAGGUUGUGUGUAUAAUAUUUUGCUAGAAAAUUGUUUGAACUAUACGAGAAGUGGUAGAAGCUCUGACUAAGCGCCUGUAUGUGAAAAAAAAGGUUUGCCAAAA